AUGGAGAUUGCUGAUCUGAGGGUGAAACUGAAACAGGCGGUGACGCAGACAUCUGACAAAAAAAUCAAAGAGUUGGAGAAAAAACUGCAGUUAAAGACUCAAGAAUGCUCUGGACUCGAGCAACAACGAAACCAGCUGAAGACUGAAGUUGAAGAUAAGAUUGCAGAACUGAACAAGACGAAAGACUUCAAAACUGCUCUGCUCCUGAAUGUGAUCAACAUGAAGGCUGACGUGAGGGCUUUGAGGGAGCAGAUCUCAAACUCAAAAGAUCCAGAAAUCAUCUCACAGCUGCAGAUGCAACUGGAGAAGAAGCAAGAUGAACUGAUUGCUAAGACUGCAGAAAUGGAGGAAUUGAUUGCCAACCCGAGAACAGUUUUACAAAUCAUUGCGCUCCAGAAUGAGAUAUGGGACCUGCAGAACAAGGAUGUGAAUGGGACAGCUGGUGACUGGAUAAAAGCUCUACAAAACAGAAUAGACACACUCAUGGCUCAAAUGGGCAGCAGUGAUCAAGAAAACACCAAACUGACACUGAAAAUCCUGAAUUUGCAGAGUCAGGUGAAGCACCUGCAGAAUCUGCUGUCAAACCGCGAGACUCUACAAACCAGUAAGCUAACUGAGCUCACAAAUGAGCUUGCAGCCAAGAAGGGAGAGCUGGAGAAACAUGUCAAUGAGCUGAAAGAGAAGAACCAGGAAAAUGCCAACCUGAUUUUGAACAUCACUGAUCUGCAAAGCCAACUUGAAAACCUUGAAAAAGUUAAGACAGCUGAGGAUAAAGAAAGUGCUGCUACAAUUUCUAAUCUCAGAAAACAACUGAAGGAUAAAGAGAAGGAGCAUUCUCGUGAUCAGGAAGUGAUCCUCGACUUGCAGCAAAAACUGAACGAGACACAAAGCUGUUCAGAUGAUAAGCAGAAAGUUACAGCACUGCAGCAAAGCCUGAAUGACAAAAUCAAGGAGCUGCAGUCCAAAUCUAACUCUGUUACUUCACUUGCUCUACAAAUUUCUGCAUUAACUCAGCAAGUGGAGCAACUGAAAGCACAAAUGAACAACUCUGUGUCCAAAUCCAAGGUUGAUGAGCUCCAAAACGCCAUAGAUGAAAAGAACGAGGAGCUGGACAAACUAACAAAAGAGCUGAAAGAGAGAAGUACUCAACCACGUAGACUUCUGCAGAUUAUUGCACUACAAACAGAAAUCGAGAAAUUGGUCUUUGUGGCGGAAAAUGAUACAGAUGACGACAAGAUUAAAGCACGUCAAGAAGAGCUCAAUUCUUUGAUUGAGGGAAUUAAAGAUGAACAGAAUGAAAAUAUUAAGCUGACAUUUCAGAUCUUGAAUCAGCAAGAUGAAAUAGCAAGACUGAAGAAGCAGCAAGAGAGGAAGAAAGAGACACAAGAAGCACAAAUUAAAGAUCUGGAAGAUCAACUGGAGGCCAUCAGGAAUGAGAUACAAUACAAGACAGACCUGCUGGAUAGAAAAGAUAUAAAUAUUGCUAAUCUGUCUGCUCAGAUUAUGGAGCUUCACGAGCAAAUUACACCACUGGAAAAUAACAUAGGAGCCCUCAAAGAGGCUCAUACUAAGAGCCUUGCAGACCUUCAAAGGAGACUAAAGUUGAAAGAGAGGCAGCUGGAUGACACUGAAAGUCAACUUGAGCAUGCAGAUGCAGAGAAUUUUAAACAUGUGAUGGAGAUUGCUGAUCUGAGGGCGAAACUGAAAGAGGCUGAAACGCAGACAUCUGACAAAAUCAAAGACAUGGAGAAGAAACUAAAAACACAAGAAACAAAGAAUAAAAAACUUGAAGCUGCAAACAAAGACCUAAAGCAGGAAGUCACAGAACUGAAGAUGUGCUGCUCUCAACUGCCAGAGGAGUGUGAAGACUUGCGAAGCGAGUUGCAGCAGUGCCAUGAUGAUGGAGACCGCCAGCUGCAGGAGCUGCGUCAGAAGGAUGCCAAGCUCAACCAGUUGGAGCAGGAGUUACAAAGACAGAACAGGGAGAAUAACAAACUGCAGAAUAAUAUUGACAGACUUCAAAAGGAACUAGGUGAUACAGAAGAAAAGAUCAUCCAUACCUCAAAGAUGACCUUCGAUCCAGACACAGCCCACCCAAGAUUAGUUUUAUCUGACGAUGAAACCGAGAUGUCCACUACAGAGUUUAUGCAAGACAUCCCCAACAAUCCAAGACGGUUUGAUGUGAUUCUGGGGGUCCUAGGUGCCACUGGCUUCUCAUCUGGCAAGCAUUACUGGGAGGUGUCAGUAGCUGGAAAGACCUGUUACCACCUUGGGAUGACCAGUGAAUCUUCUCGAAGAAAGGGAUCAAUACCCUUCAAUCCAACAAAUGAUUACUGGACUAUAAUCCUGAACAAACAGGGUCAGUACAGAGCUCUAGAGCACAGGAGGACGGUUCCCAUUCUUAUUGAGACACGCCCAGUUACCCUGGGUAUCCUGCUAGAUUACAAAGAGGGAACCAUCUCGUUUUAUGAUUCAGGGGCCAGAACUCAUAUGUACUCUUUUGUAGGUCAGCGCUUCACAGGAAAAAUUUAUCCAUUUGUCAAUUUCUGUGUAGAAGAUACCAGCGCUCCAAAUCCAGUAGUUUUAAUUACUCCUGGAGCAACUGACUGGAUAAAAUAAGGGUCACGAGAAGUUCUGUCCGCACCCAUGUCAAAAUGUGUGACAUUUACGAGUAUGAGAAAUAAAAUAAUAACUGAAGAAUAAGUCGCACAUAUUUCUGCUAUUGUUGCUAUUAAACACUUCAGACAGUAAAACAAAUAUACCAUGCUUGCAACAUUCUCUUCCUGUCUUUAAAGCCAACCUUAAGUCUGCCUAUUCUCUUUGAUUUGAAUCAUGCUUUUAACUCCAUGGUUUUUACCAGCUGUUAUUUUUAUCAAUACUGUGAUUUUUGAUAUUUGAUUCUAUGUAAGGUGUACCUGAGUGUCUCGG